ACAAACCGCCGACCAAUCAGAGCGAAACAAGACAGAAUACAGGGGCUGGGGGAUGUACGCAUGCGCCUUGUUGCUACGGAAGUAGACGUUGCGAUCAAUGGAGAUUAGCCGUUAGCUUGUCCUGCCAAGAAGAAGAAGAAGUGAAACGUACUGAAGGCGGUUCCGUCGCAGCUGAAUGUCGCUAAAUUCUGUCCCAGUUCGGAGUUGCACCAUCAAGAUGUCCAGUCGUUUCCACCAGCUCCUCCCGAUGCUGCUGCUGCUCAGUGUGGGGGUCUCUGCGGUGGAGGUGCAACGCCCCCGCGGUGUCCCUCUGUCAAAACGGCAGUUCUAUGAAGAGGGUAAACCAUUUACCUGCCUGGAUGGCUCCCACUCGAUUCCCUUUGACAGAGUGAAUGACGACUACUGUGACUGCCAGGACGGCUCAGAUGAGCCAGGCACUGCUGCUUGUCCUAACGGCAGCUUCCACUGCACCAAUGCGGGUUUCCGGCCAGCCUUCAUCCCCUCCUCCCGCAUUAAUGACGGCAUCUGUGACUGCUGUGAUACAACAGACGAGUACAACAGCGGUGCUGCUUGUCAGAACACCUGCAGGGAGAUGGGACACAAAGAGAGGGAGAGCCUGCAGAAGAUGGCAGAGAUCGCCAAGGAGGGCUUUGUGCUUAAACAACAACUUAUCCAGGAGGCCAAGAGGGGCAUUGAGGACAAGAAGGCCAAACUUGUGGAUGUUCAGGUCGUUAAGAAGGAUCUGGAAGAGAAGGUGGAGGCUCUGAGAACUGUAAAGGAAACUGCAGAGCAGCCAGAGAAAGAAGCUAAAGAGCGCCAUCUAAAGGCCUGGGAAGAUCAAAAAGCUCUCAUUCGCAUGGAGAAGGACAAGGCUCGAAUGGCUGUGGUUUUUCUCGAACUGGAUGAUGAUGCAGAUGGCUUGGUCUCGGUGUCUGAGCUUCUCUCCCAUUCUGAGCUUGAUCCAGAUUCAGAUGCUUCAUUCACAGAAGCAGAGGCUCAGGGAUUAUUGGGAGGAGUGGACAAAGUGGACACAGAAGCUUUUGAGGCUGUUUGGAAUAACCUCAAAGAAAAAUACGUAUCAGAGGCCACUGAAGACACCGCAGCACCGGUGGAGACUCCACCGGAGGAGGUGAGGGAGCCAGCGUCCGACAAUGAAUCUGAGCAGUACCCUGAGGAUGACGUCCAAGAGGAUGAAGAGGAGGAGGAUGAGGAGGACGAGGAUGAUGACCAAGAUGAUGCAGACUAUAAGACCCCUCCUACACCGGCGACUCAAGAAAAGAAGGAUGACGACGAUGAGGGCACCAUGCCGCCUUAUGACCAAGAGACGCAGAACCUCAUUGAUGCUGCUCAGAAAGCCAGGGAUGACUUUGAUGAGGCUGAGAGAGCUCUCCGGGAAGUGGAUGAUCAGAUCACGAACCUCGAGAAGGAAAUUUCCUUUGACUUUGGACCCAACGCUGAGUUUGCUUAUUUCUACAGCCAGUGUUAUGAGUUGUCUACUAGCGAGUACAUCUACAGGCUCUGUCCGUUCAACAGGGUUUCCCAGAAACCCAAGUAUGGUGGAUCGGAAACUAACUUAGGAACAUGGGGGAAGUGGGCAGGUCCUGAAGAAAACGUAUAUUCUAUGAUGAAGUAUGAACAUGGAACAGGAUGCUGGCAAGGCCCCAACAGGUCGACUACGGUUAAGUUAACAUGUGGGAAAGAGACGGUUGUGACGUCGACCUCGGAGCCCAGUCGCUGUGAGUACCUGAUGGAGUUCACCAGCCCUGCUAUCUGCGGAGAGCCCCCAAGCCGGGACUCGGAGCCUCGGGACCACGAAGAGCUCUAGAUCAGUUUUAUUUGUUGUUCCCGAGGGACCACGCGGUCGCCGCUGCAACAUAAUGUUGCCAUGCUGUGAGCGGCACCGACUUGUUGUCGGUUAACAGCCGAAAAUAGAUGAUGGAAAUUCCAAUUAGUCAUCUACACCUUCCAUCUUCCACUACUACUUGCUCUGUUGAUUCUGUGAUUUGUGUCAAAUGUAGUGUCAUUCCAUUGUCGUGAUAAAAUAAACUUGUUUUUAUCAUA